AUGAGCAAAGUUCUUACAAUGUGUGGAAACCUUCUGGUAAUAAUCUCUAUCAUUUACUUCAAACAGCUCCACACUCCUACAAACUACCUCAUCCUCUCUCUGGCUGUGGCUGACCUGCUUGUUGGUGUUGUAGUUAUGCCUUUUAGCACAAUACUGGCUGUAAGCUCAUGUUGGCAUCUUGAAGGCUUGCUCUAUAGAUACUAUGCAGUGUGUCAGCCUCUGAGGUACAGAACUAAAAUAACUGUCCGUGUUAUUGUGAUCAUGAUCCUAGUGAGCUGGACUGUGUCUGCACUAAGUGGAAUUGGCCUCACAGUUCGGGGACUAAACGAAGAACAAUCUAACAGGUGCGUUUUAUUUCAACGUACAAGCUCAGCAGCUUUGGGAACUUUUUUUACCUUUUACCUCCCAAGUAUUGUACUGUUGACCAUCUACCUACAGAUUUUGACAGUGGCACACAGACAGGUACGCAGCAUCCAGAACACAAUCUGUCAUAACACAAAGUCUGGAGCAACCAUCAGUAAGAUGGAGAGAAAGGCCACCAGAACUCUGGCUAUUGUUAUGGGAGUUUUUCUCAUCUGUUGGACUCCUUUCUUUCUUUGUAUCACCUUUUACCCUUUGAGUAAUUACACAAUACCAGUUUCUGUGAUUGAAACUUUUAAAUGGCUUGGAUGGUCAAAUUCAAUGCUCAAUCCAUUUGUCUAUGGUUUCUUUUACACCUGGUUUCGAACGUCUGUCAAAAUGAUAAUUUCUGGGAAAAUAUUUCAGGGAAUAAAGAAAAAACUGCUUGCAGCAUCUGCUCACAAGGACUGCAAAGAUAUUGCUCCUUGGAUGAAGAGUGUCGCAACCAUAUGUGGUGGUGCUGUAGCUCUUCAAAAGGAGAUAAAAAGGAGUUCCAGGAGAGCGAUGAUGGAUUUCAGUACUCCAUCAUAUACGUGGAGUCCAUCGCUGGAAGGAAGGUGGCAUGGUGCAAACGAGCUGUCAGCAGAUCAGCAAAGGAAGAAGAGGUGGUUGGCAGAAGAUUCUCCUGUCUACAAAGCCCUCUACGAUGUGGUGAUGAACAAACACCUCCUUAGAGAUCUGGAGCUGAUGACACUGUUCAAACACACAGGAGGAGGAGGAGGAGGAGGACUGCUUUUGCGCUUGUGA